GACAUUCAGACAAAACAUCUGCUUUUCCAGGUUGUGUUAAAGAUCCUCCGACUACUUGAAGCGAGGCGGUCCCAGCAGCGCACCGCAAGGACACGUGAUCUGAUUGACGCCGUAUCCGCCCAAUCAGCGGCGACCUUGGGCCGGGGGGCGGACAUUCCGGCGACGGCUGGGCGAGGCGGAGACGGGUUAAAGCGGCCGCGAUGCCGGCCUGGUAGUGGCGCCGCCGCCUGAGGGGACGAUGCCGGGGGUGGCGGGGCUCCUGCUGCUGCUGCUGCUGGUGGCGGCCGCAUCCUCCGCACCGGGCGGCAGCGGGGCCGCGGGGGCCGCCUGUCAGCGCCGCGCCUUCCAGGGCAACCUGAGCGAGCACACACACGAGUAUCGGUUUGUGGACCUGAGUGGAUCUGUGACAUUGGCAUGGGUUGGUGACGGAACUGGUGUGCUCUUGGCAUUAACAACUUUUCAGUUGCCAUUCUUGGGAAAACACUUUGGACAAUCGCAGCUGUACAGAAGUGAUAAUUAUGGGAAGACCUACUCCGAUAUUACAAAACUCAUCAACAAUACUUUCAUUCGUACUGAAUUUGGAAUUGCUAUUGGUCCUGAGAACUCUGGAAAGGUGAUCCUCACAGCUGAUGUUUCUGGAAAGAGUAGUGGGGGAAGAAUAUUUAGAUCAAAUGAUUUUGGAAAGAAUUUUGUCCCCACAAACCUUCCUUUCCAUCCACUAUUGCAAAUCCUUUAUCAUUCAAAGAACUCUGAACAUCUGCUGGCAUUAAGCAUAGAUAACGUGUUGUGGUUUUCUUCCGAUUUUGGUGAAACGUGGAAAAAAAUUCAUGACUUCGUAUGCCUUGUUAAGUGGGGACCAAAAAAUACAAUUUUCUUCACUACCCACCCAAAUGGAUCUUGUACUGCAAGGGGCUUGUUGGAGCUUAAAAGAACUGAUGAUUUUGGAAAUACAUUCAAAACCAUUGCAUCAAAGAUUUACUCAUUUGGACUAGGAGGAAGUUUCCUCUUUGCUUCAGUUAUGACAGAUAAGGCCAGUUUAAGGGCACUCCAUGUGUCUAAGGAUAUGGGAGACACCUGGAAUAUGGCGCAGUUGCCUCACGUAACCGCUGAACAGUUCUACUCCAUUCUGGCUGCAAAUGAUGACAUGGUAUUUAUGCAUGUCGAUGAUCCUGGUGAUACAGGCUUUGGCACUAUUUACGCUUCAGAUGAUCGUGGAAUAGUGUAUUCUAAAUCUCUUGAGCGACAUUUGUACACGACAACAGGAGGCGAGACAGAUUUCACAAAUAUUACUUCACUGCGUGGAGUAUAUGUUAGUAGCAUACUUGCAGAAGAUGGUUCUGUUCAGUCUGUCAUUACAUUUGACAGAGGAGGAAAGUGGCAGCCCUUAAGAAAACCAGAGAACAGUGAUUGUGAUUCAACUGCCAGAAAUAAGGAUGAGUGUAGUCUGCACAUCCAUGCAUCCUACAGCAUUUCCCAGAAACUGAACGUGCCAAUGCCACCGCUGUCUGAGCCCAAUGCUGUUGGUCUGAUCAUAGCACAUGGCAGCGUUGGGGACGCUAUCUCUGUAAUGAGUCCUGAUGUGUACGUGUCCGAUGAUGGUGGAUACUCUUGGUUUAAAGCUUUAAGCGGACCCCAUUAUUAUGCCAUACUGGAUUCUGGAGGCUUGAUAGUUGCUGUGGAGCACAAUGUAUAUAGUGGUGUCAAUAUAGUAAAGUUUUCAAUUGAUGAAGGCCAGUGCUGGUAUUCGUAUCAAUUCACCAAGGAACCCAUUAUAUUUACUGGCCUUGCAUCGGAACCAGGAGCUAAAUCAAUGAACGUCAGUAUCUGGGGAUAUGUGAAUCUCAUAAUUACACAAAGCUGGGUUUCUGUCACCAUCGACUUCGAAGAGCUCCUUACAAGAGAUUGUUCUGAUGAUGACUACAUCCAGUGGCUUGCCCAUUCGAGUAACGUUAAUGAUCCUAAUGAUGGCUGUAUGUUGGGUUACAAAGAGAAAUUCCGACGUUUGAGGAAAUCUUCCCUCUGCCGAAAUGGACAUGACUACAUUGUCAAUAAACAGCCCAACGUCUGUCUCUGUACUCUGGAUGAUUAUUUGUGUGACUUUGGAUACUAUCGAAAGGAAAAUAGUUCAGAAUGCAUAGAACAAUCUGAUCUACAGGGCCAUGACUUGGAGUUCUGCUUGCAAGGGAAAAAAGAAAAAUUGAAGACAAAUGGAUACCGGAAAAUUCCUGGAGACCAGUGUUAUGGAGGUGUCCAAGUGGAUCGCACUGUGAAAGAUAUCAGUAAAAAAUGUGUCAGUAACUUGAUCGAACCGCAGGAACUAUUUGAUUCACACAGUAGCAGCUCUGUGCCAAUCAUUGCUACUGUAAUAACAUUCUUACUCAUUCUGAUGAUCUUUGGAGUGAUCUUUAUCAAGAAAUAUGUAUGUGGUGGACGAUUUUUGGUACAUCGCUACUCAGUCCUGCAGCAGCAUGUGGAGUCUACCACUGCCGAUGAACUGGACACAUCGGUAUCUGCCAAUAAACCAGAGUACCAUGAUGACUCUGAUGAGGACCUUCUGGAGUAGAAAAGAAUAUUUUGAAGUAACAAGAUGCUGUUCUUGCCAAACAAACAUCACCAUAGUUCUUGGAGAUGCCGCUGCCUGCGUCAGAUGUUCUCUGAUUCAACAGCAGGUGCAGGCGAUGUGACAUUUUUAUGAAUGUGGUGUAUCUCGAUCUGCAGUCACGUGAGACUUGUCCUGGUUUACUGGAACCGCUUGUGAAAGCUUUGUUUAUGAGGAGGAGUGGGAGGAGGGAAGAGAUUUGGUGUUGACGGGAGAUGUCGUUUUUAAUGAAGGGGAAUCUUUUGUGAUUUUUGGAUUUUGAUUUCUUUUCAAAGCUUUUUAAAAUCUGCUUCUGAGUACAUAAUGCUUUAAUGGACUUAUUUUUAUAUGACCUUCCACUCUUGACAAAAGACUGCACUAACCAACAUUUGCGCUGAGACUAACUGUGUCACAAAUUAAAUGCAGUGGGUGAAUUUGUAAACCAAUGUUAAAUAAUGCAACUUGGAAAAUGCCAUUGAAUCCAGAAACCCAGAUAGAAUUCCAUGUCUAGGUUUCAAAAAUGGCAUUAAUUGCAGCAGUGCUUUUCCUAAAACUAUUCAACAUGUCACACCGCACCUUUGUUUUAUUGGUUUUGGAAUUUCUCUUAUGGCAAGUUUUUAAUUAGGGAAGUUAAAUCCUGAAAAUCAGUGUUCAGAUAGGAACUCUCUUACAGAGAUAUUGUUCUGUAUACUUGAUGUGUAUAAGGACUACAUUAGAGAUGCACAUAUCAAUACAUUAAAUAGUUCAGCAAUGUAUUAAAUGUGACAUACUGUUGAUUUUGAGAAUUAAUUUACCUCAAGCGUUAUGCCUCAUAAAUCAAUGAAUAAUUAAUGAGAGCACUCGCAUAUUUAGAAUAAGCCCUAAUCAACUGUCAAUUGUAAUUUAAUUUUAAAUUAAAAUUGAAUGCUGUGUCCUGA